AUGAGGGCCUCUGAUGCAUCAAAACCACCUUAUGUGGCAAGAGUUGAGGCAAUUGAAGCAGCAGGAUCCCGAGGCACCAAUGUGAGAGUGCGGGUGCGGUGGUAUUAUCGACCAGAGGAGUCCAUAGGUGGCCGGCGGCCAUUUCAUGGUUCCAAGGAGGUCUUCCUCUCUGACCACUAUGAUGUACAAAGCGCUGACACCAUUGAGGGGAAAUGCAAUGUCCACAGCUUCCGUAGCUAUACAAAGCUUGAUUCUGUCAAUGCUGAGGAUUUCUUCUGCCGCUUUGAGUAUAAAUCGGCUACUGGCAGCUUCGUACCAGAUCGCAUAGCAGUGUUUUGCAAGUGUGAGAUGCCAUACAAUCCAGAUGAUCUUAUGAUCCAGUGUGAGGAAUGUUCUGACUGGUUUCACCCUGUUUGCAUUGGGAUGACAAUCAAAGAAGCAAAGAAACUUGAACAUUUUUUCUGCCAGACCUGUACAGCUGAAAAUGGGAAGAUGGUUGAGAAUUCACAUGAAGCUACAGCGCAAUCAGAAGAAAAGCUGCAGCUGGACCUGGCUAGUCAGUCACUAGUAAGACAAGCGGCACAUGAAGCUGAGGACAUUGUUGACGAGUACAUUUAUCUUGUUGGCCAAAUGGAAGGAACAAACAGUUUCCUAAAGAGAGCAUUGAAACAAGCAGCAGAGGUUAAAAGAUGGCGCAAGCUUGCAGCCCAUGCUAAAUUCGUGGAGGAUUGUCUUAAAAAGAUCACUGAGACAAAAAACCGGUUUGAUGUAUCAGUGGCCGACAGUAGGAGAGAUAAUUCAUUGAGUUAUUCUAGCAGACUCCAACAUCUGUCUGAACACUCGUACCUGAAUGAUGAUGUUUAUUUUGUGGGGAACAAGGAAGAGGAUAAGUGCUUAACAGAAUGGCUAUCUGAUUUGAGGAAAGACCGCACUGUUAUCUCCAUAUGUGGAAGGAUUAGGGCUAAAGAUCUCCUCCAAAAAAUCCUACUGCUGCUUAUGGCAAAAAGCGAGAAUAUUCCAGAUGGGCUUGACACUAUGGAUUGCAUGAAUUUAGUUGAACUACUUAGAAGAUAUCUUAAGGACAGGAGAUACUUAAUUGUGUUGGAUGAUGUAUGGAGUAGGGACUCUUGGCCUUUACUAGAUAGUGCAUUUGUCAAGAAUGACAACGGGAGCCGAAUCAUUAUUACGACUCGAAUCCAAGCUGUGGCAUCCGUGGCUGAUUCAAACCGUGAAAUGAAGCUUUGUUUACUACCGAAGGAGGAAGCAUGGACUCUUUUCUGUCAAAAGGUCUUCUCAAGAUUAGAUGAUAGAAGUUGCCCCAUCAGCCUUAAGACCUGUGCUGAAAGAAUUGUAGGUAAGUGCCAAGGUUUGCCACUGGCUCUUGUUGCUUUAGGGAGUCUUCUAUCCUACAAAGAAAUGGAUGAGCAUGAGUGGGAAUUGUUCUAUAGACAACUUAGGUGGCAGCUGAGUAGCAACCCAGAGCUGAGCUGGGUUGCUAGUGUUCUGAAUCUUAGUUACAAUGAUCUCCCUAGUUACUUGAAGAACUGUUUUCUUUACUGUGGUCUGUUCCCUGAAGACUAUCAGAUAGAACGGAAACAGCUAAUCAGACUCUGGAUAGCUGAAGGAUUUGUUCAGGAUAGAGGAGCUGAGAUGACACUGGCAGAUGUAGCUACAUGUUACCUGAAGGAGCUAGCUGACCGUUCAUUGCUUCAAGUUGUCGACAGGAAUGAAUAUGGAAGGCCAAAGAGGUUUCAGAUGCAUGACCUUGUGAGGGAGAUAACUCUAACAAUAUCCAAGAAGGAAAAGUUUGCUACUGCAUGGGACUAUCGAUCUCGUCGAGUUUCCGUACAGAAGGAUGGUAUUCUGAUGCCGGUGAAAAUUUCUGCACAGCUCAGGUCCAUCAUCGUGUUUGUGGAGGAAGUAUCAUUGUCUUGGUUUAGGGACUGUUAUCCAAGUUUUAGAUUGUUGAGGGUCUUGAGCCUGAGACACUGCCAUAUUCAGAAAAUACCAGAUAAUGUGUCUAAUUUGUUUGACUUGCAUUACCUUGACUUGGGAUAUACAUUACUCAAGGAGAUACCAAGAUCUAUUGGGAAGCUUAGCAAUCUGCAAACAAGUUGCCUUGGUGGUGGAGGGACCGUAGCCCAAAAAACAGUUGUCUGGUUACAAGUUAAGGAAGGAGGAGGAGAUUACAUGUUGGAAAGUCUAGGCCACCUUAACCUGUAUCGGUGCUAUGACGGUACGAGGCUGACAUUUCGUGCCAGGUGGUUCCCUGUGCUCAAGCACCUCUACUUGAGCUCCAUGGGUGAGUUGAAGGAGGUUGAGAUUGAGGACGGCACCUUGAGAACCUUGAGUCGGCUAGAGCUCUGGGGCUUGAAAAGCUUGACGUCGGUACCAGAGGGCCUUAAAUCACUCCAACAGCUGUGCGUCGGCUCGAUGAUGCCUGAAGAGUUCAAAACAAGGUGCCCCAGCUAA